CAGGUGGGCAAACAACUCUGGUCCGCGGGCGGACCGUCCUGUCCCCCACCUGAGCUCCCAGGAGUCCCAGCUGGGGAGGCCGAGGCUCCCCUGGCCCCCCCACCCCCCGCAGAGCCGCCGCAUGCAGAGCCGCCAGCAGCUGGGCAGCUCAGCUACCGAGUCCUGCCGCUUUGAGCAGCUGCUGGCAAGAGACAAACAAGACAGUCUGCUGGAAUUAUGGGCAGGGCUCAGAAAACCAGUCCUGGACAGCACAAGCACUGUGAGAAAUGUUUCAACCGGCAAUGCCAAGUCCCAAUCGAGCUCACCAUCUCCUGCUUAGUGAUCAACUGCCAUUCACGCUGUGGGGCUGCCUUUCAUAUGUGUAAACAGGAAGAACACCAACUCCUAUGUCCCCUAGAGCAGGUCUCAUGCCUCAACGCAGUUUAUGGCUGCCCUUUCUCAAUGGCCCGUUUUAAGCUGGCAAAGCACCUUCAGGUCUGUCCAGCCAGUGUUGUCCACUGCUCUAUGGAAUGGAAUCGCUGGCCAAAUGUAGACUCAGAAACCAUUCUACAUAAGAACAUUAUGAAGGAACCACAUAAUGAACAGUGUCUGGAUACAGCUCUAGCCCUCAGAGAUCAGAAGAUUCUUUUUAGGACUCUGAAAAUGAUCGAGCUGUUUCCAGAAUGGAGAGAAGAUGAUAAAAUGGAAGAACCAAUAGCUGGAGCUGCAGGUUUGGAAGAAGGAGCCGUUGGAGGAAUAGCAUGUGAUUCUAAAGAAGCUGAUGGCCAAGUUGCUGAGCUUACCCAACAGGAGCGUGAGGAUUUGGCAAAGGAUAAGAAGGGGAUGGAUCUAGUAAGUUACAAAGCCUGGGAGAAUAUGUUUAGCAAAGAGCGUUCAGCAUUGAAGGCAACAGACUUUUCAGCGAACUCGGGAAAAAAGGAAGGGGAUAGCUACAAGAAAACACGACAGAUUCUUUGUGAUGGCAACCCCAAAGAGAAGAUAAAGGAAGCAGCUAUUGUGGAAGAACCAAAAGAAAACAAAAAUAAUCAAGUGAUUACAGGUGCAGAAAAGACAGGUCUGGCUCCUUGGCAAGAUGGGAUCCUGGAGAGGUUGAAAAAAGAAGUUAACAUAGGGGAUUAUAACAUGUACCUGGUGCAUCAUGGGAGAAUGCUCAUCCAUUUUGGUCAGCUUGCUGCUUGCACACCAAGAGAGAAAGACUUUGUGUAUGGGAACUUGGAGGCUCAUGAAGUGAAGACUGUGUGCACCUUCAGAGUGCCAGUUAGCUAUCGUGGCAAAAGAGCACGACUUGGAGAUGCCUUGGCAUACAAGAUAGCAACGAUGGACAAGUCAGUAGAUACUUCAGAUUUGCAAAUAAGCCUUGAGGAAUUUCCUAAAUCAGAUACAGCCAGAAGUACACUAUUGUGUGCACUGGAAAAGGAACUGAAAGGUCAUGAGAUCUCGGAAGCAAAGAAUAUUGAUGGACUGUUCAUGGAUUUUGGGACACAGACAUACAGCUUUCAGGUGGAACCCUUCUCCUCUAGAGCUGUUCUAGCAGAUGUUCUGGAUAUAAAAAGCCCACCAGAACUCCAUGUAGAGCUUCAUACUGAGUGUGUUACUAGAAGACAUAACAAAAGCUGCUCAGCCUUCACAUUCACUUGCAAUCACUUCUUCAGGAGGGAUGAGUUUCCUUCACAUUUCAAGAAUGUUCAUGCUGAUAUCCAGUCCUGUCUAAAUGGAUGGUUCCAACAUCGUUGUCCACUUGCCUACUUGGGAUGUACUUUUGUUCAAAACCGCUUCUACCCUGCUAGUCAUAAAGCAAAGAUUAUCUAUAGCCAGCAUCUUGAUACAUUUGCUAUUAAACCAGAAGUUGACCCUGUGCCCUCUGAAAUACAGAAAUGUAAUUUUACAACAAGUAAUCAAGGAAAAAAUAAAGAAUCCCUGAGCAGCCUUCCAUUGGAACUUUUACAAUAUAUUGCUGGGUUCUUGGACAGCUUCAGCUUGUCUCAGCUGUCCCAAGUGUCUGUAUUGAUGAGGGAUAUCUGUGCCACUCUACUUCAAGAGAGAGGGAUGGUCCUCCUGCUGUGGGAGAAAAAAAGAUAUUCCCAUGGAGGUACUUCAUGGAGAGCUCGCAAAAAGAUCUGGCAGUUUAGCAGCCUGUUCUCCCCUGUUAACAACUGGCAGUUCAGUGACAUUCCCUCCAUGUCUGAACACCUGAAGAUUUGUCCAUUCUAUGAUGUGGAGCACAAGAAGGAUCCAUUCUUGCUGGCCAGCAUGUGUGGACCCCGAAAGCGGGCUCAAGAUAGCUUGGUCUCAACCUUCAGGAAUGGAUCCUGAAUACAUCCUCCCAGGUCUCUCAGAGGAGUAUUGGGAUCUGGGUUGUAGAGAUUAUUAUGUGGACACCCCAUAAGAAAAUUCCCUUUAGAAACACAAAAUCAACCUUUUGCAGUUCUGUUUGGAAUAUGUUGCAUCAUUUCCCUUCAGUAUUUUAGCAAUACUAAAAAAAAAAAAAAAAAUACAGUACUUCAUUCAGCUGAUUGCUGAUAUCACAGGCUUUCUGUUUAUUUUUUGUGUUUCAUGCUUGCUCAUAAAUACAGCCACCUGGAAAAAGCAAUGAUAAGAGUACUGGUUUAUAGUUGGCAGUCUGGAAAUCAGGGAAAAGCUACUGUCACCAUACUUUUUCCCUGAGAGAGGAAAGAGCAGCUAGAGUACCUAGUUUGGAUGAAUCUUAUCCCUGUCAGUAAGCAGAAUCAUCCACAACUACUAGCAUACAGAGAAAUUCCUAGAGUGUACAUUUGCUAGAUUACUUAAAAACUGACAGAUGUGGAGAUAGCAAAGGUACUGGUGUGCAUAGGCACAGGAGAACAAGCCCCAAAUUGGUGGAUGAGUUACAGCUGUGUAGAUGUUUUAUCAAGGAGACGGGAAUGCAUCAAACAGUAACAAACUGAUAUUUGAGGGAAAAGGACUUAAGGCCCUGAUUCAUGAAAAUAUCCCUAUUCUGGACCGCAUUUAAGUGCAUGCUUAAAGUAGAGAUGGUUGAAACGGUUCAAAUAAAAAUAUUCUUUGUCAAAAAUGACAGCCAAAAUUAAAGACAGUUUUUUGACAAAUUCGCCCUAAAUGACAUACUGUUUUCAAUGUCAUGCAGUGAGUCAGCAGCAUUAGAAACAGAAAUUCCUGGCUUCUGUGCUCAAACUUCUAAACAAUUCUCAUUUGGCCAGCUGAUGCAAAGUGGAAUAGCACCAUGAAAGUCAGUUUAUACCAGCUGAGGAUCUGGCCCAUUUUACAAUUAGUACCUGUCCCAAUGGUGUUGGUAUUAUUCCAGCUCUGGUCUGCUUGCGUCAAGUCCAGAGAAAAUUGCUCCUCUAGCUCUCUUUAUAGUGAGAGAGAUUAUGACAUCAGUUUGUUAGGCCCAAAAAAAUGAAGUAUAGAACAGGUUGUUUGGCCAGCUUAGCCAAAGUUAGGCUAACAGUAGUUGCUUGGCCAUUCCUGUCUCUCUGUAAAACCUGAGGACAUGCUUGCUUGAGCUGCAGAGAACGAGAUAAGAGGGGGGGGGAGCUGCAUUCUUGUACCAAAUGUGCUAGGAACAGUUUGUUUGGACAUAUGAAGACUUGCAGUCUCCACUCCCUGUUUCUGUUCUUCAUCUGUUCUUAACUCCCUCCUUUCUCCUAGUUUCUGGUGCAUGACAACAAAGCUGAUAAGAAGUUGCUGAGGCAUCACGAAUUGUUUGUAGUGUCAAAAAAAAUGCAUAAAUAUUAGAAGCUUUCUAACUAAUAAAGGGGGGUUAGGUUGUUUUAACUAUGACACAAUGGAACUGUCUAUAUAACCCUACUAGUUGUUAAAACCAUGGCUGGUUCUCUCUGGAGACGGGCCGCUCUCUAUUGUUGUGUGCACUCCCCAAUAAAGAGCUUGUCACUGGACCUUCCUGGUGUUGCCUAUCUCUCUGCAGUCAGACAACGAACCUUGCCGUCUGGGUUCUGAGUCCCCGACAAGUUUCACCCCCCCAUUCCAUACCUGUCAUCUUGACUCUUCCUUUAUUCGGUCUGUAAAAGCUGGUCCUGGAGUCAGACUGGAGAGAAAGGGCAACAUUUUUAAUUUUGGCACUUCAGAGUAUGAAUUAGAGAAGAGAACAUCUUGACAGUGGUCUUUUUCCCUUCCCUUCAUUUGAUGCUGCAGGAUGUUGUCCUUGUUAACUGGUGGCCAAGCACCAGGGCCGGCUCCAGGCACCAGCAUUCCAAGCAGGUGCUUGGGUCAGCAAUCUGCAAGGGGCGGCAGUCCGUGUGUUUUUGUCCCCCCAAGCAGCGCGCCGAA